AUGGAGGGGGAAUUGGCCAGGAGCAAAGCCCGGCUGCCCUCGCUGCUCCUGGCGCUGCUCGGCCUCGGGCCAGGCAUCUUGGCCGAGGCGCGUUUUAAGGCGGACAAUGAGGUUUUGCAGAUGCUGGCUGGGAACUCCUCCCAGACUCUCUUGGAGCGUUGUUCUGAGCUCCUCUUCGGCCAAGCCCGGGCACAGCCCCGGCAGGUGAACGGCGUCCUGGGGGGGUCCGUGCUGCUCUCCCCGGCUCUGCCCCCCAACAAGACGGUGAAGGAGAUCGAGUGGAGCUUUUCGGCCGGCGCCGGUGCCACCAUUCAAGUGGCAGAGUUCGGCACCGGCGGCUUUGAGCGCCCCGACCCCAAGGACCGGUUCAAGGACCGGCUGGAGAUGUUCAACGAGACGGCGCUGAAGAUCGGGGCCCUGGAGCGGGGCGACAGCGGGGUCUACGGGGCUCGGAUUAAACUGCACCCGGCGCUGGUGGAGGAUCAGUUCUUCAACCUCUCUGUCUACGAGUCGGUGCCGAGCCCCCGGACCCGCAGCCAGCUCCUGGCCAGCACCCUGGAGUGGUGCAACCUGACGCUGCAGUGCCAGGGCGCCGGCAAAGGUGCCGUCAACGUCACCUGGAAGAGGGACAACAUCAUCCGGGACCUGACCUCCGACCGCCACCAGCUCUCCCCGGAUGGGACCACCCUACGGCUGGCCCUGCCACCCACCGCCGCCAACGUCACCUACGCCUGCACCGUCAGCAACCCCGCCGACCAGAAGGUCGUCCUCUUUGACCUGCAAGCCAUCUGCCAAAGCGGAGGGGGGCAGACAUCCUUCUCGAAGUCGGGGUACAUCGUCCUGACCCUCAUCCUGCUGGCGGUGAGCUUGGGGGGAGCCUUCUGGUGCUGGCGGAUGAAUAGCGAGAAGGCGGCAGACCCAGCUGCCACCCCCACGGUGCCCGCCGAGGAGAGCCCCUCUGACCCCCAGUACGCUGAGAUCGUGCGCCGGAGCCCCCCGGAAGGUAAUGACCAGGGCCUCAGUCACCCCGAAAAUAACCAGGAGCAGAGCUCGCCGCAGAAAGCACCCGUCACCACCAUCUACGAGCAGAUCCGCCGGGCGCCAGAGGACACGGCCGAGGAGGUGACAUAG